GCUUUUGCAAAGGAAAUACAAAAAAGAAUUGUGAUGCAUGACUCCUAGAAUUAGACCAGCAGAGUCUACUAUACACGCAUAUUUGACUUUAUUAUUCGAUUCAAUCUUUGAAAGGCAGAUUUGUAUCUAAUAUAUUCACAACCCAUAUCAACCUUUUCUUCUCCCCACCCAACUUUUGAUCUCUGUUACAAUGGCUGCAAGAAAAGCUGUAUUCAUACUGCUUCUAACUCUAUGUUUUGUAAUCUUAAUAAUAAGCUCCACUGAAUCCGUUGUGCCACAACAAGAAGUGGAAUCUCUUGAAAACAUUCUUGCUGCGAUGAACGCAACAAGUUGGAGAUUUGAUGGUGACGAUUGCGAUCUCGACACCAUUUCUGAAGUGCCAAAGCUAUCUCAAGAAGCUAAUGCUAGCAUCGGAUGUGAUUGCAACAUUGGCAACGAUACGGAUUGUCAUGUCGUAAGGAUCACGUUCAAGUUUUAUAGUCUUGAUGGGGUACUGUCACCCGAACUAGCAAAGCUUCCUUACCUCCGAUCGUUAGAUCUUGCUUAUAACUACUUAAGUGGCACAAUACCACCUGAAUGGGGUCUAACGCGAUUACAAGACAUCUCUGUUCUUGGCAAUCGUUUAACGGGCGAAAUCCCACCGGAACUAGGCAAUAUCACCACCCUCACAAAACUAGACCUUGAAGCAAACCAGCUUUCAGGAACUGUUCCAUCUGACUUGGGGAGAUUAAUCAAUUUGAACUCUUUGAUCUUGUCUUCAAACCGGUUGACCGGGAGGCUGCCAACAACCCUUGGUCAGCUUGGCAAUCUAACAAAUUUUAGGAUAAACGAUAACAACUUCAUUGGGCCGAUACCUGAUUUUAUACAAAACUGGAGACUACUUAAUAGAUUAGAAAUUGUGGCGAGUGGACUCACGGGGCCUAUUCCUUCAAGCAUAUCUCUUCUCGAGAAUCUAGGUGAUUUGAGAAUUAGCGACAUAACCGGACCGGCGCAAGGAUUUCCUCAGCUUAACAAUGCUAGUGGAUUAAUAAGAUUGAUCUUGAGAAACUGCAAUAUUUCUGGAGAGAUACCCGAUUAUAUAUGGCGAGUGAGACAGCUUGAAUUGUUGGAUGUGAGUUUUAAUAGGUUAGUAGGAAGAAUAUCUAAUAACAUCCUGGGGAGGAGUUUGCGAUUAGUGUUUUUAACCGGUAACAUGCUAAGUGGAGACAUACCGGAUACCCUUUUAGUAAAUGGAGCUAGUAUUGACCUUUCCUACAACAACUUAACAUGGCAAGCGCCUGAUCAAGCCGCAUGCCAACAAAACACGAACUUUUAUGUUAACCUGUUUAGAAGCUCUUCGACUGGAAACCCGAUACAGGACGUGCUUCCGUGCACGGAGAAUGUCAUGUGUCCUAGAUAUGCAUGUUCGUUACAUGUAAACUGUGGCGGGGAUGAUUUAACUGUUAGAGAAAAUAAUGGGCGGUCUGUUCUUUAUGAAGGAGAUGCGAACGUCGAUGGUGGUGCCGCCAGGUGGUAUGUAGUAGCAGCCAGGAACUGGGGACUUAGUAGCACCGGUGAUUUCAUGGAUGACAAUAUUUACCAAAACACGCGAUAUAUAGAAUCUUUACAGGGGAAUACCAUCUUACCUCCGCUUUAUACAACCGCUCGCCUUUCACCACUUACACUCACUUACUUCAGCUAUUGUUUAGAAAACGGUGAUUACGCUGUUAAUCUGCAUUUUGCAGAGUUACAGUUUACUAAUGACAGCACGUAUAGAAGUCUUGGCAGGCGGAUAUUUGAUAUCUAUAUUCAGGGGCGAAUGGUUAGAAAGGAUUUUAAUAUUGAAGAAGAGGCUGGUGGGUUUGGAAGGCCUGCCGUUGUUCCGUUUAAUGCUAGUGUGACCGAUAAUAUCUUGGAGAUCCGGUUUUAUUGGGCUGGUAAAGGGACGACCCGUUUUCCUAAAAGAGGAGUUUACGGGCCUCUUGUAUCGGCUAUUGAUGUUGAUCCGUAUUUUAAAACUUGUUCGAACGGUGGAAAAAACACGAGUAAAGGUGUUUAUAUAGGUGUCGGGCUUGGUGUUCCGUUUCUUGUUUUGUUGAUUUUGGCCCUUUUGUGGUGGAAAUGUUUAAAAGGGAGAAAAAAGACCGAUAAAGAUUUUGAAGGAUUGGAGCUGAAAACACUUUCGUUUUCGUUAAAACAACUAAAGACCGCUACAAACAACUUCAAUGCUUCAAACAAAGUAGGGGAAGGAGGUUUUGGGCCUGUUUACAAGGGUACUGUGACUGAUGGCACGGUGGUUGCGGUGAAGCAGCUUUCGACACAUUCAAAGCAGGGAAACCGUGAGUUCUUGAACGAGAUUGGUGUGAUUUCGUGCUUACAACACCCGAAUCUUGUUAAACUCCAUGGAUGUUGCAUUGAAGGAGAUCAAUUGUUGCUUGUUUAUGAGUACUUGGAAAAUAAUAGCCUUGCAAAUGCUUUGUUUGAUUCAAGUAAAAGUGGAUUAAUGCUGGAUUGGCCAACGAGGUUUAGGAUAUGCAUCGGGAUUGCUCGAGGUUUAGCUUUUCUUCACGAAGAAUCAAGGAUCAAAAUCGUACACCGGGACAUCAAAGCCACAAAUGUGCUACUUGAUAAAGAUCUGAACCCUAAAAUUUCAGAUUUUGGAUUGGCAAGGCUAAAUGAGGACGAGAAGACUCACGUUAGCACACGAGUUGCUGGAACAAUCGGAUACAUGGCACCCGAGUAUGCCUUGUGGGGUUACUUGAGCGACAAGGCAGAUGUUUACAGCUAUGGAGUGGUGCUGUUGGAAAUCGUUAGCGGCAAAAGCAACACAAGUUAUAUCCCAACUAACGACUGCAUUUGCCUUCUAGAUUGGGCUUGUCGAUUGGAAACAAGUAAACAAUACAAAGAGCUUUUUGACGAGAGAUUGGAGUCGACAAUCAACAACGAAGAAGCCGAAACUGUCGUGAAAGUAGCGCUUCUGUGCACAAACGGUUCUCCAUCGAUGAGGCCAACGAUGUCGGAGGUUGUAAACAUGCUCGAUGGGAAAACUUGUGUACCCGAAAUAGUUCCUCAACCAAGUGGUUACUCUGAAGAUCUGAGAUUCAAAGCCAUGAGAGACUUUCGACGUGAGAUGAAAGGUCAAGGAAGUUACAACGGCGGUCAAACUCAAAUCUCCCACACGAUUCGAACUGAUACUAACUAUAGUUUGACAUCAUCUUCGGAUGUGUUUGAGAUCCAGUCAGUUGAUACUAGAUCGUACUGAAAUUCAGGUUCGAUCUUUCGUUUUUGUUUGAACAUAUGUAAGUAUAAAAACAGUGUUACAAAACAUAGUUCCAUACAUGAUUAAAACGUUAUAAUAUAUAACAAUAAACAUAAUCUUAAUUUGUUA